ACACAGAAACAGAAUCGAAAGGAAAAAUGCAGAUUCGCGUGAAAUGCAACUGUGGGGAAGGAGACUGUUCAGAAUGGGCCAUCGUUGAACUUCAAGGCGUUGUUGAAACGCAGCCUUCGUUUCAAGAUCGCCUCCAGAACCUUGAGAUCGGCGUUCUCUGCCGCCCUUCUUCUCAGCAAGUCUAUACUUUGACUAUUGGGUACCAUGAACUGACAGGAUCGAAAGUUCCCUUGAAGAAGCCAAUUCUGGUGCUGAAGAAAAUCAAACAGUCGGACGCAGACAGCGGCUGUGAUAAUAACUGUAACGUGGAGCUUCAAGUUGUUGGAAUCAUUAGGCAUAGGAUUUUGUUCAAAACCAGACCGAAAGCCCUCAUUUCGACAGGUUUACAAUCAUAUUAGGACUUGGAUGUCGGUAUAUGCGUUGGGGAAGCGGUGGUUUUACUAGACACAAAUAGUUGAAAAGAACUUAUGACCUAAUUCUUUAAGUACUCACUUUUGUCCUUUAAAAAAAAAAAAAUCUUUAGGUACUUAUCAUCAAGUUCUUUAAUAAAACCUACCAAGAAAAUAUGUCACAACUCAAAAUUGCAUAGUUGACUUGUUUUCUAAAAGUGUUUCUCAAUGGCGUGAUAAUUCUAUGGCACAAUUUAGUAGGUCGGUGUUUAUCAAGUUGCAUUAAGAUUUUUCCUUUUUUUGUCCCCAUUGGCCCAUCCUUGUAUUGUGACAUGUAAGGCUGGCCACUCAUGUUAUGUUAUCCUUUCCCUUCAUUUUCCAGAACCAAAAGUAGAAGCAAAGGAAAGACAAAAACCCAUCAUAUUAGGCUCUGUUCCUUCCCAACAAUCAGCAUAACACUGUUCAAUAUCAUUCUCAGUGGUUGGCCCCCCCACCUCAGAAAAAUCUCGGUUCGAGGUCAUUGCUGGACCGGAAAGGUCAAGAAGCUCCAUCAGAAACUUUGACGAUAAACAUCAUAUCAUCCUCAUCUCUGUAACCCAUGAUUGAUGUAUCGACAUUACUAGCAACCACAUUAUCUGUGUAAUGAAAGAAAGGGACCGCCAUUUAACA